UUGAGAGAGCCUCCUCCUUCAUUCAUUAAACAAUUUGCACGCAUGGCAAUGCUCUUUUCCCCAAACUUUACCUUCCCCCUCCAUUAAAAAUUCCUUCUUUUUCUUGCUCCCCUUUACCUUUCGGCCUUCAUUCUCUCAUGGGUUCCUUCCUGCUUCCCAAUCCCACCACUCAAAACCCCCAGAAAUAGCACGGACACAGAAGAGCUGCCCCAUGAGUUCUUUCAUGCCUUCCUCGGAUCCUCUGUUUCUUGCUAGUCCCCUGUUCAUGAAGCUCUGAAUUUUGAGUCCUUCCUGAUCAGCAAGCUGCAAUUGGCUCGCAAUCACGGGUGAUCAUACGAAGCAGUAACUCUCGCUAGUUGUGGUGAUCAUCGAUUCAUCGUAUUGAAGAAAGCACAGUUUUUCCCCCCCUACCAUGAGGCGCCAUGGCUCUGGCUCAACUGACUCCAACAACUCAGCACUAGUCGACACAGAAAGAAACAAUGGCGGCGGUGGAGGAGGUGGCAGUGGCAGCCAUACUCUCCCAAGUAUCCAGCCAUUCGCGCCAGCAGCAAUGCAGCACUGCGAGAGCAAUGCUGCCUACUUCUCGUGGCCGACCUCGAGCAGGCUUAACGAUGCUGCUGAGGAGAGGGCAAACUACUUUGCCAACUUGCAGAAGGGUGUUCUGCCGGAGACUCUAGGUAGGUUGCCGCAGGGGCAGCGGGCAAACACGUUGCUCGAGCUCAUGACCAUAAGGGCAUCCCACAGCAAGAUCUUGAGGUGUUAUAGCUUGGGGACUGCGAUUGGGUUCCGAAUUCGGAGAGGUGUGCUGACGGAUAUACCAGCCAUCCUUGUGUUUGUUUCCAGGAAAGUUCAUAAGCAGUGGCUCUCCCCUAUUCAAUGCCUGCCCAAUGCUCUCGAGGGACCGGGAGGCGUGUGGUGUGAUGUAGACGUGGUUGAGUUCUCGUACUUUGGCGCACCUGAGCCAGCUCCGAAAGAGCAGUUGUACACAGACAUCGUGGACGAUUUACGAGGGGGUGAUCUCUACAUUGGUUCAGGUUCUCAGGUUGCAAGCCAGGAGACCUAUGGGACUCUAGGAGCCAUAGUGAGGAGCCAAACGGGGAAUCGACAAGUUGGUUUCUUGACCAAUAGGCACGUUGCAGUAGACUUAGACUACCCUAAUCAGAAAAUGUUCCACCCUUUGCCGCCAACUUUAGGCCCUGGAGUUUACCUUGGUGCUGUAGAGAGAGCCACCUCUUUCAUCACUGAUGACCUCUGGUAUGGCAUCUUUGCUGGUUCAAAUCCUGAGACAUUCGUGAGAGCAGACGGAGCAUUCAUCCCAUUCGCCGAAGAUUUCGACCUAUCAACCGUGACAACAUCCGUCAAAGGCCUUGGUGAGAUUGGCAGCGUGAAGAUCAUCGACUUGCAGUCUCCCAUCAACACCUUAAUCGGCAAACAAGUGACCAAAGUUGGCAGGAGUUCAGGUUUUACAACGGGGACCGUGCUAGCCUAUGCAUUGGAGUACAACGACGAGAAAGGCAUAUGCUUUCUGACCGAUUUCCUCGUGGUGGGAGAGAAUCAACAGACGUUUGAUCUCGAAGGAGACAGCGGGAGCUUGAUCGUGAUGAAAGCUGACGCAGAGAAAAAUGGAGACAAACCUCGACCCAUUGGGAUCAUAUGGGGUGGCACGGCGAACCGUGGGAGGUUGAAGUUGAAAGUUGGGAGGCCGCCGGAGAAUUGGACGAGUGGGGUUGAUUUGGGGAGGCUUCUGAGCCUGCUGGAGCUUGAUCUCAUUGCUACUAAUGAUGGGCUUAAAGCUGCAAUUCAAGAGCAAAGAGCUGCAUCAGCAACGGGAAUGGGCUCAACGGUGGGAGACUCGUCUCCUCCGGUCGAAUCACUGGGCCUCCAAAUCCAUCAUCACAUUCCUCUCGAAGUCGAUUGCAACAGCCACCCUCCGCCGGAGGCCCAACCCACAUCGCUAAUUACCGAAACAGAGUUCCGCCUCGAGCAGGACGAGGAAGCUGUCAAAGGAGGAGCUCCACCAAACGUGGAGCAUCAGUUCAUCCCGAGCUUUCCUGGUGAGUCCGCGUUGCAUCAGGAGAACCAAACGGGUGAAGAUCGCAAGCCGACGGAGAAUCUGGCUUCGUUGUGGAAUGACGGUGGGGGAUCAGGUGGAGGAGGAGAAGAGAUUAUCACUGUUUCUUUGGGGUUGUUGGGUGAUAGUAAUGAAGGCAGCAAAAGGAAGCGUUGUGAUGAUGAUGUUGGAAAUGGGGAUCAAGAGCUCGGCUGAAAUUAAGGAUGAGAGUGGAGGGUUUCCGUUUGUGGGUUAUGCUGCUGAAUCCGUUUUGGAUAAGGAUUGUGUUUGUAAAGAGAACAUGGGUGGAUCGAGCUCAAUUUUCAUGGUUUUCAUUAACCUCUGUGAGUUGAAAAUAUUUUUAUGUGAGUGAUGUUUGGUUUUAACUUGUAAGGUGGAAUACAAUAUAGGUUUGGAAGGGUAGUUUAUAUGAGGUAUGACAUGAGUACAUCAUCAUCAUCAUCUUAUCUUUAGUUUCAUUGGUAAUACACCACUUGACUAAAUGUGUUGUAAUAAACUAACAAUUUUCAUAACCUCGAUGAACGAAGUUGUGUGGCCACGAGGAUCAAAAGAGGGGGCAAAGAGAUGAACGUCUUGCACAGCCGUCGGCUUCUUUGUUCU